UUAGAAUUCGUCCAGUUCCUUGCUGUGUUUAACGGAAGUCCUCUGGAUCAACAUAUUUCAACUAUGACACCUGAAUUUAAUGGUAAAGCGUGUGGACUAUUUAUUAACUUCCCAUCUCUGUAUAUCAAUCUUGUUGUCUGCCUGUCUCUCUUUCUCUCUCUCUCUCUCUCUCUCUCAUUUUAUCUCGAGCCCCCCUUUCUAUAUCUCUCUCUCUCUCUCUCUCGCUCUAUCUCUCUCUCUCUCUCUCUCUCUCUCUCUCUAUCUUUUCACUGUUACUCUCAUACUUCUUUAUUUAUUUUUUUUUUCAACUAUGUCACCUCAAUUUAAUGGUAAAGCGUGUGUACUAUUUAUUAUCUCCCCAUCUCUCUAUAUCUAUCUCGUUGUCUGCCUGUCUCUCUCUCUCUCUCUCUCUCUCUCUCUCUCAUUUUAUCUCGAGCCCCCCUUUCUAUAUCUCUCUCUCUCUCUCUCUCGCUCUAUCUCUCUCUCUCUCUCUCUCUCUCUCUCUAUCUAUCUAUUCACUGUUAAUCACGUACUUCUUAAUGUAUUCAUUUGUUAAAACAAUUAGUGUUUUAAUUACUUUAAAUCUGAUAAAGCCCAAACUAACGUUAACUUACUGGCAAAUCGCUGCCAUUUUGUUAUAGUAAAUAUUGGGUAAGUUUACAAUAGAAGUUUACAGUGCGGAGCCGCAUCUUUCAAAUAGUUCUUUUUUUGUUCACCUUAAUUCUUUUAAAAAUUAAAAAUUAAUUUCCUUUGUUUUAAUAUCAUAUUUCACCAGGAGAUCCAAACGCAGUUGAAAUUGAGGGAGACUGGCCGUAUAUUCUCCGUAUCGGAGGCGUUAUCACAUACAUCCGUCAAGGUAACCCCCUCCCCCCCCCCCCCCACAGUGUGUAAAUGCGCGUAUCGAUCAGACCGCGUCAUCACGCUUUAAAAAAUAUUGAACAUUUGAUUGUGUUAACAAACACUUCAUAAGUAGAAAAUAUAUAUUUAUUUAUUUAUUUAUGUAUAUGUCUUUAUUUAUUUUAUUUAUAUAUAUUUAUAUUUAUUUACAUCUAUAUAUAAAACUCAUGCUGGCAUAAUUCAGUUUUUCAAUUAUUCAAAAACAACUAUUGAAAUCUUACAGAUGUUUUCUUGUGGAUCGUAGACUUUCUCACAACCGCUUGCGUAAUCACGUGUAGACGAUGUCCUACGAAAUUUCUAUGACGUUCUCCUGCUCAGAUCACUCAAAUUGCUAGAGUAGCCACAUUUCAGCAGAAUAAUGUUUAGGAGUUAGACCAGGAAAAAUUAACGUUAAGGAGUCAGACCAGGAAAAAAAUAACUUUUCUGAGGCAGAUGAGAAAAAAAAUUACUUUCCUGAGGUAGACCAGGAAAAGUAACUUUUCUGAGGUAGAUCAGGAAAAAUAACCUUUUUGAAGUAGACCAGGAAAAGUAACUUUUCUGGGGUAGAUCAGGAAAAGUAACUUUUCUGGGGUAGAUCAGGAAAAAUAACUUUUGUGAAGUAGACCAGGAAAAGUAACUUUUCUGAGGUAGACCAGGAAAAGUAACGAAAAGUAACUUUUCUGAAGUAGACCAGGAAAAGUAACUUUUCUGGGGUAUUUCAGUUAGGAUCACAACAAAGGUAUACAUUAUAAUAAUACAUUGAAACAUGCAUUAGUAAAUAACAAUAGUUAUUAAUCUUUAAUAAAACACGUUUUUUUUUACAAAGUAAAAUAAUAAUAUAUAAAUAUUUUAGGAUCACCUUUGCACAUCUAUGAAGCAUACAAGCCUCAACCUGUAGACACUUCGACUGUUUUGGUGGAAAAUUCCAAUGUUUCGUCAACUUUUACUGUUAAAAUCAGUGGCCUGUACGCUGUUCACGUGGACGUAAGUUACUUUAAUUUUUUUUCAUUACAUUGAUGAGUUUUGAAGUUUGUGACAGUGUUUUAAAUUUCAGUUUCACAGUACAGCUUCCUCCUAUAGGAACAUCAGGUAGAGAUAGAAAAAAAUUAUGUUCAUGUUUUUUUUUUUUUUGGGGGGGGGUUUUGUUUUGUUAGUGAUUUUUUUUUUUUUUUUGUUUUUUCAGGUAGAGAUAGAAAAAAAUUAUGUUCAUGUUUUUUUUUUUUGGGGGGGGGUUUGGUUUCUUUAAUGAUCUUUUUUUUUUUUAGUUUUGAAUGUAAUCUGCAAUAAAUAUUUAUUGUUUAUGAACAGGUUCCUUCACGGCUGUCACAAUACAGAGAUAAAGUAUUUGUUUGUUAUUCUUUCUCAGGGUGUCUUAUUAAUGUUUUUUUUUUAAUAUGAUUUGAUAAUGUUGCAUUUCGGAGAUUUUGGUAACUGAGAACGAUGUUACGGUUAGGUGCCGGGCAAAAAAGGGGGUGGUGGGGGAUAGGGCGAUGGUUGGUAGAGUUAUCCCUCGGUGGGUCAGAAGAUUAAGGAGCCGAUGUCCGAGAGCAGUGGGGGAAAGAUACACAUGAAAUAGAUCAGAGCCUGGAGUAUGUGUGGCUCAUGCGAUCUUAUAUGUUGACUCUUAGUCAUCUAAUAAUCCUGUUUUCUGUAAUGGUCUUCGUGGACUGGCAUCGGAACGGGCAAGCCUUGCGUUGCCGGUCAGCAAAACAUUAAUAGUGUUGUUCAAAUAACAGGAAUUUAAAAAAAAAAUAAUAAUAAAUCUGGCACAGGAGGUCGUUAUUUAAAAAAAAAUUAUUCUUCGGCCAGGCAAUCUUAAGAGUGUUGGAAACAACGCUCUCUGGUAUCCGUGCAUCCCAAACGUUUUUUCGGCUGUCCAUCUGUGACAAUUACAUUAAUAAUUUAUGUAUUACAUUUUAACUUAAUAAUAUAUGUUUUCUACAUGGUGUACAUUUUUGCACGUGAUGUAUAUUUUGCACAUGAUGUAUAUUUUGCUAAUGAUCUAUAAUAUUUUGCACUUGAUUUUUAUUUUGCACAUGAUGUAUAUUUUGCACAUGAUUUAUACUUUGCACAUGGUGUAUAUUUUGCGCAUGACGCAUAUUUUGCACGUGAUGUAUGUUUCGACUUUAUGUAUAUUUUGCGAUAGAUGUAUAUUUUGGCAUGUUAAUAAAUAAUUUUUAAAAAUAACAAACAGUUAUUUUUUUGUUCCGAAACAGAUAACAAUUUCCGAUGAGAACCAUAGAAAUAAGCAGUACAUUGGCGUGUAUGUAAAUGGCCUAGUUGUCUUGGGGUGCCUUAACGGUGG